UUUUUUUUUCGUUAGUCCUUUUUUUUAAAUCUUCAUGUUUCAUGUUUUUAUAGAACUCAUGAUAAACUGGAGGUAUAUAAUCCAAAAGGGUCUGCAGAUUUUUCCAUUUUUCUGUUUUUAUCGGAACUGAGGUACCGUGAAGUGGUGUGAAUGAGUUUUGUAGCGAGUAUGAUGAUCGCCCAGAGGCACGCGACCCAGAAACACAUUUUAUGAAUGGAUAUGAAGCAUCUAAGACUGCCAUCUCAAAAAAAGACUAUAAACAACCCACAAACCAAAGCACACUACUUCAAAAACUUUGUCCUUUGAAGAAAUACGCCAAAACAUUCAAAACUGUUGCACACCAAAAAACUACUACAUGUUUACCAGUCACAAGAAAUCAUAAUAACUCAGCGCAGAAACGAUACAAGUGCACUUAUACCUAUUCUGCCCUCUAGACUAAUGUCGAAUUACUAAGUGAGUAUUUUUGAUUACCCACAGAUGGCCCUAGUAGUUGCAAACGGUAGUUAUACCAGUUUUGCACUGAUAAAAUAC